UGGUGGGGAAGAGAGAGAGGAGAAUGGAGAGAUGAAAGGGGAGUUAUCACUUAUCACAGAUAUUCCAUUUUAUUUUCAAAAGCAACAUACAUUUUGGAUAACUGAGUAUACCAAAUCCUGACAAAGGUAGAAAGAGGGUGGAGGGUUGUAUGUUGAUGGAAUUACAAUGUGAUGUCAUUGGAUAAUGUUGUUAAUUUAAUUUUGCCCUGUAAUGUCACUGUGCUAUCGCAUUAUCCGUAGUGAUGGGAAAGGAUUCUGGGAAGUAACCAGGCUUACUGGCAUGAUCAAUGGGAACCUAUCAAGCAUCAAGCCUGAUGCUUGGAAGGGGUGUGUGUGAAUGUCUGCCAUCCAGGGUUUACAGGAAGGACUCAGGAUUACUCAUCUAUUAUAAAUGAUCUCUCUUAGUGCACUCUUUAUGACACAUCAGUCCCUCUCUCUUUCUGUGAUUAAUCUGCUGUGUUGGGAGGUCAACUGGUGUCCUUUGCUUCUGUACACACAGUGAGAGAAUUUGACAUGGCAUUGCUAUCACUGAAGAGCAUGUCUUAAGAGGUGACACAAAUUUAUUAUUCAUAUUAGUAAGAUGCAAUGGGGAGAAGCUAUGAGAUGUUUUAUUGUAGCUUGCUAAUGUAUUCAGGGGUAAUGCUCUCUGCACUCAGAGGGGAAAAUCAAUGUGCUGUCUACUCUCGACUCAGUGGUUGUCUGGGAGAGAUUGGAGACAAUGGGGCUGCUGCUCUGUUCUGACUGACUGAUGGUCUCUUACCUCACCCCUGGGCGCCUUCUCUGGCUGAGUACUGGAUGCAAGGACGUCCAGGGAGGGAGGAAGGGAGGGAAGCAGGCCCAGCCUGCUGCUGGAGACAUCAUGCCGCACCCUCUGUCACUGAUGUUUGCUAAUGUUCUCAAGAUCUCUGAAAGCAUUCUGUAUUUACCCUCAGCAGCCUCACGUGCUUUGUGUACUGAAGUGGAGGAGUAGCCUGAGGUUCCACCUAGAGUUUGUUUGUCCUUUUGUAGCCUCGUUUCUUGGAUGACCUGUUGAUAAUGACCUAUUUGGCCUAUUAUAUACUGGAUUUUUUUACUGUGUUAAAGUAGGCCUUUUGGCCAACCAACGGCGACACUGAUGAAUUGUUUCCCCCUGAGGUUUGUCUUCUUUAGACGUAGACUGCCCACUGAUGAUCAAAUCAAUAGCUCGACAUCAGCGUUUGUAAGCCAAUUAGAGUAAGCAACAAAGGAUUGAGCCUAUGUGCCCCCUCUCUCCUGGCAAAAAGCAUUAUAACGGUAUUGACCGAGUAGCAUUCCAAAGACAAUCGAGAUCGAUAGUGUGCUAUUUAUAAAUAAAUAAAAUAUCCUGUGUGUUAUCAUGUUUGGGCAUUAGGCUAGUCAAUGACUACUUUAUCAAGCCCAAGCAAGUGGCCAGGAGUUUGGAUGGAUUUGAUGGAAUUGUCUUGUAGUCGUAGUGACUGUUCAGUGUAUCGUCCAAAGAGGAUUAUCAUGGUCACUGUCAUUGGCAGGCAAAGUAAAGCUGGAGCACAUCCCAGAUGUCUAUGGGUGAAAGGGUAAGCAUUUAGGUUCAGCACUGAACCCCAGAUAGUUUUGAUGUUGUCUGUUUGUCGCCUGUGUUUGCAGGUCUCUAGGACUGGUGUGUGUCUGCUGCAUUGUCUGCCAUGGCAUCCCACAAUGGUACCCUGGAGAAUCAGCUGCACAGCGCCCAGAAGAACCUGCUCUUCCUCCAGCAGGACCAUGCCAAAACACUGAAAGGUCUACAUGCAGAGAUCCGCAGACUACAACAGCACUGCACAGACUUGACCUAUGAGCUGACAGUGAGAAGUUCAGAUGCAACAGACAGCAGUGAGGCACGCUGCAGGGAACUGCACAGUAAGUGCGAGGAGCUGGAGGCUCAGCUGAAGGUGAAGGAGGAGGAGAACACGGAGCUGCUGAGAGACCUGGAGCAGAAGAACGCCAUGAUCUCUGUCCUGGAGAACACCAUCAAGGAGAGGGAGAAGAAGUACCUGGAGGAGCUGAAGAUGAAGAGCCACAAGCUGGCUGUCCUGUCUGGGGAGCUAGAGCAGAGAGCCAGCACCAUCGCCUACCUCACCUCUCAGCUCCACACCACCAAGAAAAAGCUCCUGGCAGGCAGUUCCUCCGAGGCCAGUCCCAAUGUCAGCCCUGUGAGCUCCUACAAGCCCACCCCUCCCCCAGCUAAAGACCGGCAGCCUGGCCCUGAGACCCCUCGCCGCCGCAUGAAGAAGAGCCUGUCUCAGCCGCUGCACUCUGAGUUAACCGAGGUAUACCGGCUGGGUUCUGAUGGGAGGAGGAUGGUCCUACGGGAGGCGGUGGAUGCCAUGCCUGACCCCACCCCCUUCCUGCAGGCAUCUCGAGACACCCCUGAUCUGCAGAUGGUACGAGACCGGCCUGCCGUCAUCCCCCCCAUCGCCUGUGAUCGCUCGUCCAGCCCCCGCCACAGCCCGGCACGGGACCGCCAGCACCAUGCACACGUGGGCGUUGCACACCGCACCCACCAUUGCACCCCUCCCGUGGUGUCUCCUCAGCCAGAGCUGGAGAUCCUGGCUGUGGACCAGGUCAAUGGGGGCAAGGUGGUGAGGAAGCGCUCUGGGGCAGACAGAACAGUUUAACACACUCACACACAAGAGCAAGAAGGAGCAUCACCUACUGUAUAAAUCACCUGCUUUUUUAUGCAACACUGCAAUGAGCAAAGAAAGUAAAAUGGAAAACAGACAAAAAAAUACCACCAUGCCAAAUGUUUUGUUUUGAAACACGUGACUUACACGUCCUGUCCUUUUUUUGCUUUGUCUCAUCUCACUCUGUCAUACAUUGUGCACAUAAACUUAUCCGCCAAACAUCUGCAUUAUUGCCUGCUUACCUGGUGAAUCCAUACACAUAUUAUCAUUGUUACUACCAGGGGUGAAAGUAUAUUUCACCAGUGCGGGACUACAGAAAUUACUCAGUAGUCUACUUUGCUGACACGGACAAACGGAUCAAUAAAAACAAUGUUGUCUGAUCCAUAUAAUUGGCCUACGAAAAGGGGAGACACAAAUACAAUAUGACGACCAUCUAACCUAGAGGAGGAAGUUAUUGUCCAAAAAAACGAACAAAAGUGGCACUGACCCAAUGACAAAGACAGUGAAUAUGCACACUCCAGGGAUAUGGCCGAUGUUCUCCGCUACUGCCAAUAUGAUAUGCUACUGUUCGCACAAUUCGGUUAAGAAUUUUGAUAACUAAAGGACAGAUUGACAACAUUUUCAUUGUCAUCUCUUUAAAGUAAUAGCCAACAGUUUUUUCGCAAUUGUACUUUUAAUUAGUGAUAUGCCUGGCUGGGUCUGUCCUUUUCAAUGACAGUCACAACUCAACAAUCAUCAACAUUAUACAUACACAGUUGAAGUCUAAAGUUUACAUACACCUUAGUCAAAUACAUUAAACUCAGUUUUUCACAAUUCCUGACAUUUAAUCCUAGAAAUUUAAAAAAUCCCUGUCUUCGGUCAGUUAGGAUGACCACUUUAUUUUAAGAAUGUGAAAUGCCAGAAUAAUAGUUUAUUUAUUUCAGCUUUUAUUUCUUUCAUCAUAUUCCGAGUGGGUCAGAAGUUUACAUACACUCAAUUCGUAUUUGGUAGCAUUGCCUUUAAAUUGUUUAACUUGGAUCAAAUGUUUCGGGUAGCCUUCCACAAUAAGUUGGCCCAUUCCUCCUGACAGAGCUGAUGUAACUGAGUCAGGUUUGUAGGCCUCCUUGCUCGCACACACUUUUUCAGUUCUGCCCACAAAUUGUCUAUAGGAUUAAGUUCAGGGCUUUGUGAUGGCCACUCCAAUACAUUGACAUUGUUAUCCUUACGCCAUUUUGCCACAACUUUGGGAGUAUGCUUUGGGGUCAUUGUCCAUUUGGAAGACCAAUUGAACUUACUGAUGUCUUGAGAUGUUGCUUCAAUAUAUCCACAUAAUUUUCCAUCCUCAUGAUGCCAUCUAUUUUGCAAAGUGCACCAGUCCCUCCUGCAGCAAAGUACCAACACAACAUGAUGCUGCCACCCCCGUACUUCGCAGUUGGGAUGUUGUUCUUCGGCUUGCAAGCAAAACAUAACGAUGGUCAUUCUGGCCAAACAGUUCUAUUUUUGUUUCAUCAGACCAUAGGACAUUUCUCCAAAAAGUACGAUCUUUGUCCCCAUGUGCAGUUGCAAACUGUAGUCUUGCUUUUUUUAUGGUGGUUUUGAAGCGGUGGCUUCUUCCCUGCUGAGUGGCCUUUCAGGUUAUGUCGAUACAGGACUCGUUUUACUGUGGAUAUAGAUACAUUUGUACGUAUUUCCUCCAGCAUCUUCACAAGAUCCUUUGCUGUUGUUCUGGGAUUGAUUUGCACUUUUCGCACCAAUGUAUGUUCAUCUCUAGGAGACGGAACACGUCUCCUUGCUGAGCGGUAUGACGGCUGUGUGGUUCCAUGGUGUUUAUACUUGCGUACUAUUGUUUGUACAAAUGAACGUGGUACCUUCAGGCAUUUGGAAAUUGCUCCCAAGGAUGAACCAGCCUUUUCUGAGGUCUUGACUGAUUUCUUUUGAUUUUCCCAUGAUAAGCAAAGAGGCACUGAGUUUGAAGGUAGACCUUGAAAUACAUCCACAGGUACACCUCCAAUUGACUCAAAUUAUGUCAAUUAGCCUAUCAGAAGCUUCUAAAGCCAUGACAUCAUUUUCUGGAAUUUUCCAAGCUGUUUAAAGACAGUCAACUUUGUAUGUAAACUUCUGACCCACUGGAAUUGUGAUACUGUAAACAAUUGUUGGAAAAAUUACUUGUCAUGCACAAAGUGAUGUCCUAACCGACUUGCCAUAUAUAAAUUAUAUAUAUAUAUAUAUCACACACAAAAGUAUGUGGACAUCACUUCAAAUUAGUGGAUUCUGCCAUUUCAGCCACACCCAUUGCUGACAGGUGUAUAAAAUCAGGCACAAAGCCAAAGGAUCUCCAUAGAGAAACAUUGGCACUCGAAUGGCCUUACUGAAGAGUUCAGUGACUUUCAAUGUGGCACCGUCAUAGGAUGCCACCUUUCCAACAAGUUAGUUUGUCAAAUUUCUAGAGCUGCCCUGGUAAACUGUAAGUGCUGUUAUUGUGAAGUGGAAACGUCUAGGAGCAACAACGGCUCAGCUCAGCCACACAAGCUCACAGAACGGUACUGAGGAGUGCUGCAGCGCAUAAAAAUCCUCUUCCCUAGGUUGCAACACUCACUACAGAGUUCCAAACUGCCUCUGGAAGCAACGUUAGCACUGUUCGUCGGGAGCUUCCUUGAAAUGCGUUUCCAUGGCCAAGCAGCCACACACGAGCCUAAGAUCACCAUGCGCAUGCCAAGCAUCGGCUGGAGUGGUGUAAAGCUCACCGCCAUUGGACUCUGGAGCAGUGGAAACGCGUUCUCAAGAGUGAUGAAUCACGCUUCACCAUCUGGCAUGUCCGACAGACUAAUCUGGCGGAUGCCAGGAGAAUGCUACCUGUCCCAAUGCAUAGUGCCAACUGUAAAGUUUGGUGGAGGAGGAAUAAUGGUCCGGGGCUGUUUUUCAUGGUUCGGGCUAGGCCCCUCAGUUCUCGUGAAGGGGAACAUUAACACUACGGCAUACAAUGACAUUGUAGACGAUUCUGUGCUUCCAACUUUGUGGCUACAGGUUGGGGAAGGCCCUUUCCAGUUUCAGCAUGACAAUGCCCCCAUGCACUAAGCGAGAUCCAUACAGAAAGGGUUUGUUGAGAUCGGUGUGGCAGAACUUGACUGGCCUGUAUAAAGCCCUGACCUCAUCCACAACGAACACCUUUGGGAUGAAGCCCAAUAUCAGUGCCCGACCUCACUAAUGCUCUUGUGGGUGAAUGUUCCAACAUCAAGUGGAAAGCUUUCCCAGAAGAGUGGAGGCUGUUAUAGCAGCAAAGGGGGGACCAACUCCAAAUAAUGCCAAUGAUUUUGGAAUGAGAUGUUUGAUAUGUAAGUGUCCACAUAUGUUGUGUAUUUGAUAUUUGCUGCGUGCGCUGUAACCUAGGCGAUUACAUUUGAUUUUUUUUAAGAAAAUAAUGAUCCUCUAUUGCCAAGUCAUGCUUUUUAUUGUAGUAGACUGGUUUGAAUGAUUUAUUUAAGUAUAGACAGGAGUAAGCUAAUUAGGAUAUAUCAUUUUGGCAAUUCAAUGUACUUUAGGGAAAGCUUCCCCUUAUGUUUUUAAUGUGGAAUAAACAACAGCAGUCAUUGUAUUUUCAUCUGAUUGUCAAUCAGUCACUCAACAAAGGCGCUCCUGUAGGCUACUCGCGGACAUUCGUCCACUCACAAAAUCAUUUCAACAUCCAAACCCAAACAGUGCACUGUGCACCCACAAUUUGAUGAAUGGAAAGAGACAUCUGUUACAAACCUCCUACGUGUAUUGUAAUGACAUUCUACGAUUGUCAUUAGGCCUAGAUUUGUGGUAUGAAUUGAUUAAUCAACUGCGAGCCUUGGGUUUCGGCCACUCAACCUUGCCUUGUCCACGAGCGUUUCCGCCACUCAGCUCCCCGCCUUGACAAAAUGUAAGUGUUCUCCUCAAACCACAACGCAAUAUAGCCAGGACGCUGUAUGGGACAGAUACCCCCUUACUUUCACCCCUGGUUACUACUACAGUUAAGUUAUCCAUCCAUACUUCAUCUGGUCAGCAAUAUUGUCCAGUCAUGUCAACAAGCUACUGUAUAUAAAGUACAUGCUAUAGAAGUUAACUAAUACUCCCUGAAUGUUUUUCAUCUUAUUGUGAAGUCAUGUCACUAUAUGGACAAACAGGAAAGAAUCACACAAUUGAAUUGGUAAUUGGAAAGUUCUUUAUGCGGUUUAAGAAUUGGUCAAAUUGGGCGGUGUACAGUAUGUGUUCUUUAUGUGGAAGCAUGAGUGAGGUGUGUGUGUGUCAUGUAUGUGACACAAAUGGCAAUGUCAUAGCUUUCACUAAGACAUUGUAGACACGCAACUUUGUGAUAUCUGUAAAUAUGUCAUGGAUUUAUUUAUUGGUUGUUUUACUUUUAAUAUAGAAGAAUGCAUCAAGUACCAAAAUAAUGGCAUUAUAUAAUCACUUAUUGUCAUUCUCACAUCACACUUGUCCUUGAAUACUAUGUAUAUGACAAUAUAAUAAAGUGGUCCUUUUUCUUACUAA